CACUCAGUCUGCAUGUGCUAAGUACUAGCAGAAUUAGAACUGCCACUGAAUUUCCUAGAAUCACUGAAAAAUUUAAUCAAGGAAUUAUAUUAUUGAUAAUAAGGCCACUGUAACCAUGGCUAGUUCUGACGUAAAACCAAAAUCAAUAAGUCGUGCCAAAAAGUGGUCAGAAGAGAUAGAAAAUCUGUACAGAUUUCAACAAGCAGGAUAUCGGGAUGAAACCGAAUAUAGACAAGUGAAACAAGUUUCUAUGGUAGAUCGUUGGCCGGAGACAGGAUAUGUGAAGAAACUUCAGAGAAGGGACAAUACGUUCUAUUACUACAACAAACAGAGGGAAUGUGGUGACAAGGAAGUCCACAAAGUGAAAAUUUAUGCUUACUAGCCUGUCUUCUUUGUAUUACUUGUCAAUUAUAUUUUAAGAAUUCAUCAUUUCAUUCUACAUCGUGUAAAUGUUUGUCAUUUUAUGAAAUAAUUCAAGAUGCAGUCUUCAGUUUAAUGUUUUGUGAAACACAAAAGCCAUGAGAAUUGGUAUCUGCUAAUCACCUUGUCUUGUUCUAAGAACUGGCUGCAGAUGCAUUAAAGUUUUACUUUCUUGGUCCUGC